AUGAAUCGUAUAUUUGGUCGGGGAAAGCCUAAAGGCCCACCGCCAAACCUCACGGACUGCAUAGGAAGUGUUGAUUCUCGAGCCGAGUCCAUUGACAAGAAGAUUGCCAGGCUAGAUGUCGAACUUGCGAAGUACAAAGAUCAGAUGAAGAAGAUGAGAGAUGGCCCCUCAAAGAAUAUGGUCAAGCAGAAGGCGAUGAGAGUUCUGAAGCAGAAGAGGAUGUAUGAGGGGCAGAGAGACAACCUCAUGCAGCAGUCUUUCAACAUGGAGCAGGCCAACUACACAAUCCAGACCCUCAAAGACACUAAAACCACAGUUGAUGCCAUGAAAAUUGGUGCUAAAGAGAUGAAGAAAGCCUACAAGAAUGUUAAAAUUGACCAGAUUGAGGAUCUUCAAGACCAGCUGGAGGACAUGAUGGAGGACGCCAAUGAGGUGCAGGAGGCGCUGAGCAGAAGCUACGGCACACCUGACAUCGACGAGGACGACUUGGAAGCAGAGCUGGAUGCCCUGGGUGAUGAGCUCCUGAUGGAUGAGGACAACUCGUACCUGGAUGAGGCCUCGUCUGCUCCAAACAUCCCAGAGGGUCUGCCCGGCGACAAGUCAACCAACAGGGACGGCGUUCUGGUGGAUGAAUUUGGCCUUCCACAGAUUCCUGCUACAUAAAGAGGCUUCAGAGGCAACACUCUUUCCACUUUCAUAUGUAUCAUAACCUUUUUAUAUUUAUCUAAAUGACACUCCCAGCCUUAAGUGGCAACGCUGAAAACAGUUCUUACCAAAGGAGCUUCUGUUCAUCGAAUGAUGGAAAAUACCAAAUCAGGACAACCUCAGUAUGAAGCUAUGAUUGUUAUUCUCUCUUCAAUGAACAAACACUUUAUUUCUCUGAGAUUAUUCUUGGAAAUUGGAUUCUAUUAGCUUUAUAGCUGCUGCAGUGUUGUGUUGCCAAAAAAUAAAUUGUAUAUUUUCCAAA